AUAUGCGAUGGAUUAAGGUUAACACAACUCAAAGGAAAACGUGAUGGAGUCCACCAAAGAACAAUCUGGAAUGCUGCACCAGAUCCUACCUCCGCGUCUAGAAGAUGCUGGCCUCGAAGAUCCCGCCCUCCCACCCGAAUCCAUACACCAAGCCUUUCUCCAGGCAGCCGCCGCCGUCAAGUCACGCGCCGCCACCAUUUUAUCCCUCACCGCCGACACCGACGAAGACCACGACCACGGUUGCGUCAACGACCCGUGGCCCACCGCCAAGGACGCCGCCGAUGCGGUCGUCGGAAUCGACUCGGAAAAUGAACCGCAGCCGGGAUCCUGCACCGUCGAGAGGGGAGUGGAGCCGGUCGCUGACGAGGUGAAGGUCGGCGGCGGCGGUGACGGCGCGCACGACGUGGUGGUGGAGGGAGGAGUGAAAUUGGGGGAGGAGGAUGUGGAACCGUGCGUGGAUGAGUUGCAAGGGUUGGAUAUCAAAGAUGAUGUAAAGAAAGGUGGCGAAGAUGAUGAAGAAAACGAGAAACCUACCUUGGUUGAAGGCUAUGCGUGAAAAGGGUGAAUAUUGAAAUCUUUAGGCUUGUUGGGUUCCUUUUGUUUUGUUCUUUACCCUCUUGUACUAGUUUCUGUAAUAGGCCUAUACCUCUCUUUACGUUUGUUUCAAUGUCAACAACUUUUCUUCAAUGUUCAUAAUCAAGGUCUUUGGUUCAGAUAAUCAAUUGAAUUUUUGGUGUAUAGUAACUCCGUUGAUGUAAAUAACUGUGAUGAAACAGUAAUCAAUAAACUUUCAUUUCCCUGGA